AUGCCGUUCGGUUCUUCCAUGGAUGCAUGGGCAUCCUACUACGACUACCAAAGUGACGAGAUUGAAGGCGAGGAUACCGUCGGAUCAGCACGCGCAUCCUCCGAGCUCGAUCGCUCCGAGCCUCAGUUUCGACAUGGCCACCUGAGCGCCUUCCGUUUGGAAUCGCUUCCACCCUCAGCAUUGCCGACAGAGCCUCAGUACAAUCCAGCACGCGUUGCCAUCCAAGACGAUACCAAACAGCACAAAUUGCAACACGGUUUCGGCACAGACGCGCCGUAUCAGCAUCAAGAGAGCGGCAUCGCGGUGCUCACUGCUGACAACUUGCGAUCGUUCCAGCAAUCCUCUCCCGACAGCAAAGCCAACACCAACCUCCGCAUUGAUGUCCGGCCGGACGAGCGCACCAGCACACCACGAAGAGAAGAUCAGUUCAGCUACAAUGCUACACCACCACUCGCUCUGGUGGAGCGAAAGAUGGCGAGAACCUGGAUUGGCCUCACAUGGGGUGAGAUUAAGUUGCUCGCAUUGGCGGGAGCUGGCUUUGCCAUGGAUGCAUACGACCUGUUCAUCAUCAACAUGACCGUGCCUGUUUUGCUCUUGGCCUACUAUCCUCUCGGCACUCACAGCAUCGAUUGGGGCUUGUCUGGCGGAGUACUGAAAGCAUCAGCAAGCAUGGGCAAUGUGAUCGGCCAACUCCUCUUUGGCUUUCUCGGAGAUUUUUGGGGGCGUUCCGUGUUGUACGGAAAGGAACUCAUGCUCGCCAUGCUCGCGAUCAUUCUCAUGAUUUCAGCGCCGGACUACAUUCACGGAAAGGGAGUCACUAUCUGGAUUGCCGUAUUCCGCUUUGUCAUGGGCAUUGGCAUCGGAGGCGACUAUCCGCUCUCGGCAACGGCGGUAGCGGAUCGAUCGAGUACCAAGACACGAGGCUUGCUGCUUUCGCUCAUCUUUAGCAAUCAAGGAUGGGGAGCGCUGUGUGCUGCACUAGCUGCACUGGCUGUCAUAGGAGGCUACAAGUCUUCCAUCACUUCUGGCGACUUGUCCAAGCUCAGUGGAGCAUGGCGUAUCCUUCUGGGCCUCCCGCUGGCUCCCGGCUUCGUGGUACUUUACUUCCGUCUGACGCUGGUCGAGUCGGCACGGUUCGUUCAAGCGCGGUAUCUCCAAGAUCACGACGACUUGGUCACGCACGCUUCUGCUGCUGGAAUGCGCGUCUUCCCGGACAAAGCGACCAAGGGGGUUUCCAGCAUGUACACGAGCACCGAGAUAGUCAAGCGAGCCAACAAGGGACGCAAGACAUCCGAGACGCUCUCCUCGCUUUCAUCUCCUCUUAGCUUCAGCGCGGACGCUCGGUACAAGCCUUUUUCAGAUGGAGCACCUGGUCGUCGGCCCAGCUCGCGGGGCAAGCAGCUGCCCUCGCCUCGAGACUUGCGCGAUGCCAUGCGAAAAGCCGCGGCUCAAAGCAGUGGAUUCGCUUUUCGUUCGAUCGGCGUACCGCGCAACGACUUCUGGGAGUACUUCAGCGAGUGGCAGCAUCUUCGCGUGCUCAUCGGCACGUCACUGUCUUGGUUCUUGGUCGACAUCACGUUUUAUGGCAUCAACCUCAACCAGUCGGCCAUCUUUGCGUUGAUCGGAUACACACAGGGCGGCCCAUGGCAUCAGAUCUACAAGCAGGCGCUAGGCAACCUCAUCGUGGUGCUUGCUGGGUUUCUGCCAGGUUACUUCCUCACUGUCGGACUUGUCGAGGUCGUCGGACGCAAGAAGAUCCAGCUGUUCGGGUUUGCAGCCAAUGCGGUGCUCUUCUUGGUGCUGGCUCUGACCUACAACCAUAUCAUCCACCAGGCCGCCUCUUUCUUUGUUGUGUUCGUGCUGCUGCAGCUUAGCUUCAACGCCGGGAGUAACACCACCACCUUCAUUGUGCCAGCAGAAGUGUUCCCGACAAGGGUCCGAGCCACAUCUCACGGCUUCUGUGCGGCGAUGGGUAAGCUGGGCAGCAUCGUCUCGUCUCUUGGAUUCAGCGUUCUGGCCAACGACAAGAGCGUCGGCCACACAGGCAUCUUUUGGAUCUUCUUCGGUGUCAGUCUGCUUGGUCUUGCCGUCACUGUGUUUUUGGUGCCGGAGACGAAAGGUUAUGAUGCGGAUGCCGUGGAUCGGCAGGAGCUACUGGAACGAUCAAGGAUGGCUUGA